AUGGAGAUUAUCAAAGCUCGAGCCGCAUUUCUUUCCAACUAUGAGGUCUAUUCGUUGUUGCAAGAAAUGGAAGCAAAGCAACUCGAACAGACAAGGGCAAUCAUGGCGACUAAAAAAGAGGAGAACAGUGAAGAUCUCUACAAAGGACCCAACUAUGUUGUACCAGAAGAGGUGUCAGAGAAUGUAAGGACGAUUCAAGUCGAGCUUUUACAGUAUCUCAACAACGAGAACCUUCCUACGGCUCGUCAGAGUGAAGAGGCAGUAGCGCAUUUGACUCGCGGCCUGCGAAAAUAUCAACUCACCAAGGCUGAAAAGCUUCAGAUUGUCAACCUCUGUCCACAAAGCGUACUCGAACUCUACGUGAUUGUCGAAGAGAUGGAGAGCCGCUUUGAAAACGAUGUAGAUGAUAUUCUAAAGCUCGUUCAAGAAAAGCUUGCCGAGCGUUCGAAGAACACUCAGGAGGCAGAGGAGACCUAUUUGGCAGACGUCGUCGACGCGGAGGAAGAGCAGGACAUUUGGGGAGGGGAAGGACCUUCUCAGUAUCUCGAAGAAGAGUUUGAAGAAGGAGCAGACGACUUUGAGCCCAUGCUCGACAUCGACGAAGCCCGCGAGCCGCAGGACUAA